UCUAAAAUCAGCAUAACCUAAAAAUAUUUAAUCAAGAAAAAUCAUGAAUAUAUCAUUAAAAUAUUUAAAUAAGCAAGUAUUUCCACUUCAAUUAUAUUCUCGAUUCGCAAGCAGAAACGCGUAUAAUUGGAAAAAUGAAGGCGUGCAAUACUCCGGGUUUAAAUAUUACCCAAAAAACAGCGACUUUAAAGAUGAAGAAUACGCUCCAUCUAAAUUAUUCAAGAUAAAACGUAUUACAACUUUAAAAGGGAUACCUCAUUUUGAGAAGAAAAUUUUAACCGAGUUUAAAUUAGAUGGAAAGCAAAGUGAUAUAGCAAUCGUAAAAAAUACCCCAGAAAAUAAUAGCCGUUUAUGGAAAAUUAAGCAUUUAAUCCAAAUAGUACCUAUAACUUUUCCGAAUGGUUUUCCAAUAGAUUCAAAGGGAACGUUUUUAAAAGAAAAUGGCGAGUUGAUUGUCACCAAGGUGGUUGGCGAAGAAAACAAACUUAUAGCUUGUGAAUCUUUUGUGAAAGAUGUUAAAAAAUUAGAUGGGGAUACAUUACGAAGGGAAUUAAGACGACGGUGGUUAAGUGGGUGGUAAAAACACGUCAUAAAUUUUUUUAUUUUAUAAUUAAACUCAAAACAUAAAUACAUCUACUCUGAUUUAAAUA